AUGGCAGUGCAGGAGGUUUCACUCAGGCCUGCUUGCAUGGAGCUUACUGGAGCAUUAGAGGGUCAACAGCAUGAAAAGAUGAUGAGAGGAGCAGAGGUAAAACUAACAAGGUUUUACUGGGACUUAAUCAUGCUCAUAAUGAUGGUUGGAAACCUUGUCAUUAUACCAGUUGGAAUCACAUUCUUCACAGAACAAACAACAACACCAUGGAUUAUUUUCAAUGUGGCAUCAGACACUGUUUUUCUAUUGGACUUGAUCAUGAAUUUUAGAACUGGGACUGUAAACGAAGACAGCUCUGAAAUAAUACUGGACCCCAAAAUCAUUAAGAUGAAUUACUUAAAAAGCUGGUUUGUGGUUGACUUCAUCUCAUCUAUACCAGUGGAUUAUAUCUUCCUCAUUGUAGAAAAAGGAAUGGAUUCAGAAGUUUACAAGACAGCAAGAGCACUUCGUAUUGUAAGAUUUACAAAAAUUCUCAGCCUGCUACGCUUAUUGCGCCUUUCAAGACUGAUUAGAUACAUACACCAGUGGGAAGAGAUUUUCCACAUGACGUACGAUCUGGCCAGUGCUGUGGUGAGAAUCUUUAAUCUGAUUGGAAUGAUGCUACUGCUGUGCCACUGGGAUGGUUGUCUUCAAUUUUUAGUACCAUUGCUCCAGGAUUUCCCACCAGAUUGCUGGGUGUCCCUAAACGGUAUGGUUAAUGAUUCCUGGGGAAAGCAGUACUCAUACGCACUCUUCAAAGCCAUGAGCCAUAUGCUCUGCAUUGGUUAUGGAGCCCGUGCCCCUGUCAGCAUGUCCGACCUCUGGAUAACCAUGUUGAGUAUGAUCGUGGGGGCUACUUGUUAUGCUAUGUUUGUUGGUCACGCCACUGCCCUCAUACAGUCUCUGGAUUCCUCACGACGACAAUAUCAAGAAAAGUACAAACAAGUGGAGCAGUAUAUGUCAUUCCACAAGUUACCUGCUGAAAUGCGCCAGAAGAUCCAUGAUUACUAUGAGCACCGCUACCAAGGCAAGAUUUUUGAUGAAGAAAACAUUUUGAAUGAGCUCAAUGACCCCCUCAGGGAGGAGAUUGUCAACUUCAACUGUCGGAAGCUGGUUGCUACAAUGCCUCUUUUUGCUAAUGCAGACCCAAAUUUUGUGACUGCCAUGUUAAGCAAGCUGCGAUUUGAGGUGUUCCAACCUGGAGAUUAUAUUAUCCGAGAAGGGGCUGUAGGCAAAAAGAUGUAUUUCAUUCAGCAUGGUGUUGCUGGUGUCAUCACCAAAUCCAACAAGGAGCUAAAGCUGACAGAUGGGUCUUACUUCGGAGAGAUUUGCCUUUUGACAAAAGGCCGUCGAACUGCCAGUGUACGAGCAGACACGUACUGUCGCCUGUAUUCUCUCUCGGUGGACAACUUCAAUGAGGUGCUGGAAGAGUACCCCAUGAUGAGAAGGGCCUUUGAAACGGUGGCAAUCGAUAGACUUGACAGGAUAGGGAAGAAGAACUCGAUCCUCCUGCAGAAGUUCCAGAAGGACCUCAACACCGGGGUUUUCAACAACCAGGAGAAUGAGAUCUUGAAGCAGAUCGUGAAGCACGACAGGGAGAUGGUGCAGACCGUCGCCCCGGUGAGCCUGCAGCAGAUGCCCGCCCUCAACUCCAGCACCUCCGCCUCGUCGUCGCGCGUCAGGACGCAGUCGCCUCCCGUGUACACCGCCAGCAGCCUGUCCCAUGGAAACCUGCACUCCCCCUCACCCAGCACACAGACGCCCCAGCAAGCCGUCAUCCUCUCACCCUGCUCCUACACCACCGCUGUCUGCAGCCCGCCCGUGCAGAGCCCUCUGGCUGGCCGAACUUUCCAGUACGCCUCGCCGACCGCCUCGCAGCUCUCCCUCAUGCAGCAGCAGCCGCAGGCGCCCCCGCAGCUCCCCGGUAUUAUGCUAAUGCUUUCCUCAAAGAAAGGCUCAAGUAAUUUUAAUGGUUCACUGGACCUUUGGUAUUAUACCACAGAUAAUGGUGCCCUGAGCAGAAACGAUGAACGCCAUGAAAAAAUCUAA